AUGAACUUGUCUUCCGUUAGCGGCGGUUGUAAGUACGAAACCCGUUGUAUUCAAUAUCGUCGACGUAUUCCGUAUAGUUUAGGAACAGAUCCUUUACUUCCUUUAAAUCCUUUAUCUUUACAACCGUUAUCGGAUGUGGAUACAGAGCACUUGACAUCUCAGUUAAACGAGUACUUUCAUUCGAUUGUCUUGGACGAAGAUGGUGUACAAAAACGAUAUCAAUUUGUUCGCAAGUUGGAGGCCAUACUCCAGAAAAAAUGGCCUGAAAAGAAUAUAAAGACAGUUCUGUUUGGAUCCACCGAGUCUUUACUUGCUGAUAAGCACGCAGAUAUCGAUUUAUGUAUAAUGACUGAUCCGUCUCAACCGGCCCCUACCACCUGCCAAAUAUCUUCUGCUUUUGCUGAAAUUGGUAUGGAAAAGGUCGUUUGUAUUUCUACUGCUAAAGUUCCAAUCGUCAAAGUUUGGGAUCGAGAAUUAAGUCUGUCAUGCGAUUGUAACAUUAACAAAACAAUUUCUACUUUAAAUACCAAGUUGAUGCGGACUUACGUACUUUCUGAUCCUCGUGUCCGCCCUCUAAUAGUGAUGAUCAAAUACUGGGCUAAAAAAAGGUGUCUAAAUGAUGCCGCGGAAAACGGUACUCUCACUUCUUAUACAAUCAGCUGCAUGGUUAUAAACUUUUUACAGAAAAGGAACCCUCCAAUUCUUCCUAGCUUACAAAUGAUUCCUCAUCUACAAACGAACUUAACUCUCAAUGAAGACUUAGAUGUUUCUUUUUGUGAGUAUCCUGAGCUAAUUUCGGGAUUCGGUGAUAGAAACAGGGAGUCUCUUGGUACUUUAUUUAUUGAAUUUUUUCGUUUUUUUGGUUAUCUUUUUGAUUAUGAUCACUCCGUAUUAUCCGUGCGUCAUGGUACAAUUCUUUCAAAGCGUGCCAAGGGCUGGCAAUUCCAACUGAAUAACUGUUUAUGUGUUGAGGAGCCCUUUCGAAACUCUCGAAACUUGGCUAAUACGGCAGAUGAUAUUACCGUCAAGGGUCUACAGCUUGAAUUUCGCCGAGCUUUUCGUUACCUAAGUCAGAAUUAUAACUUAAACGAUGCUUGUUCACAGUUUGUAUUUCCCCCUUUAGAAAAUACCUUGUAUAUGGAGAGCUAUGUUCAUGAAUUACUUGCUGAAACUAAUAGUGCAUCGCUGGGUUCCGAUGCAAGUUUCUCAAACUCUCCUCCAGACCUUUCUCAAAAUAAUUGGGUUUAUGAUUCUCUUACUUUUAUGCCCCCUCCUUUCGUUACUACAGCUUUACCGAACGUAGACAAUAGUGCCUUGUUUGACAAAUCUCUCCCUAUAAUACCUUGUACAUUUGUGGAUCCGUAUGCCUAUGCAAAUUAUAUGAAUAACUCUAACUACUUACCACCGUCUUACCUUGAUCUUUAUGGAUUAUAUGGCCGAAUGGGUUAUUCUAAUCAUAAUCGCUUUUAUGAAAAUAAAGCAGACUGGAACCGUCGCGACGGGAAACACUCAAAUCAUUUCCGUAGAAAUGCUCGAAAUCACAAGUCAAGGAAAAGGAAUCAAGGCGAUUCAUUUAAUUCUGCUGCUGAGGCUCUCCCUUUAUCAUCGAAGGAUAGUGAUAAUAUCCCGUCACAUACCUCUACGACUUCAGAAGUUCUUUCUCCCGUUCAUCUUCAUAAACAACCGAUCCUUCAACCUGUUCCUGCUUUCAAAAGUUAA